GCCCAACGGACGCUGAGGUUGUCGUCUCCUCCUUCAGAAAGAGUCUCUGGCAGCAGAUCUCGCGAGAGUUCGGCGGUCGCUCAGCAGCAGUCGCUUUUGCAGCAGGGCUGAGGGAGACGAGAGAGAAGGUACGCGGGGAGGCUGCAUCAUGGCGGACAGAGACAGUGGAAGUGAGCAGGGUGGAUUUGCCACAGGCCCCGGCGCCGGCCCGAUGCACCCGGGCGCCGCAUCGCGGCUCCAGCACGAUACGGAGGAGCUCGCCUCGAAGCGGGUCGACAUUCAGAACAAACGCUUCUAUCUGGACGUGAAGCAGAACGCCAAAGGCCGCUUUCUGAAGAUUGCAGAGGUCGGGGCCGGCGGAAACAAGAGCCGCCUGACUCUUUCCAUGUCCGUCGCCGUGGAGUUCCGCGACUACCUGGGAGACUUCAUCGAGCACUACGCCCAGCUGGGCCCCAGCAACCCCGACAUUGUGCAGGACGAGCCCAGGAGGGCGCUUAAGAGCGAGUUCCUGGUGCGGGAGAAUCGAAAGUACUACAUGGAUCUGAAGGAGAACCAGAGGGGGCGGUUUCUCCGGAUCCGACAGACCGUCAAUCGCGGGCCCGGCCUGGGAACCUCGCAAGGCCAGACUAUCGCUCUUCCGGCCCAGGGACUCAUCGAGUUCCGCGACGCGUUGGCCAAACUCAUCGACGACUUCGGCGUGGACGAGGACCCCGCGGAGCUGCCCGAGGGCACGUCGUUGACAGUGGACAACAAGCGCUUCUUCUUCGACGUGGGAUCCAACAAGUACGGCGUCUUCAUGCGGGUGAGCGAGGUGAAGCCAACCUACCGCAACUCCAUCACCGUGCCCUGCAAAGUGUGGUCCAAAUUCGGCACGACCUUCUGCAAGUACGCGGACGAGAUGAAGAAGAUCCAGGAGCGGAGCCGAGAGCGGAGGGCGCGCGAGAUGCUACCGGAGGGCCUGCACGAGGACGACGGGGACGAGGACUAAUGCAUAGCAUAUAUAUACAUGUGCACAGAACGAAUGACAUGAUAAUCAGACGUUACUGUAAUAUGGGAUCGCUCUACACACACAACCUUCACAGACUCAACAGUUGCAUCUCUUCACUCAUCGCCGGAAGUUACCCACUUACCCACCAUUUAACAGUAAGACGCUGCUAUCGACAACAUGUAUGAACCGUGUCCAGGAUGGUGCAGGAGUGUGUGUAUAUCCCGCUUUACCCACGUGUGUGACACAUCCAAGCUCUUAUGCACUGCGAAAUCCUCUUGUUUUCCAGUACAAAUAUAUAUAUAUAUAUAUAUAUAUAAGUAUCGUUUUAAGAAAAACCCAGCAGUGUGCACAAUUUUAUUCAUACCACUCAUGACACACAGCAAAGAAUGUCAGUACUGGAAACAAAAGAACAUACCUAGUCAAUGGUAAAAUUACACUUUAUAUAAACAUUCGUCCUGUGUGAUAGUUGACACAUGAGUGGGGUCAGCUGUAAUACAAGCUUUCUAAACACGUCAGAACUGACACCUGUCAAUCAUGUGGCCAACUUGAUGACGCAGUGUGUUUUUUGCAGAUUUUAAAAUGUACUUUCUUAAUAAAAACUACAAAGUGAGGGGAAAAUGCUGCUGAUAUUCAGCAUGCACACUGGGGGUUUUAACAAGAGCAUGCAAAGCGAGUGACGUAAAUCUAGCUUGUUGCUUAUUAGAGCAAGUGACCCCACUCUAACUCGUCUUGUACAGUUCUGCUUGUCAAGUAUAUUUGUUUUAAGGGUAUUUUACUGGAAAACAAGAUGGAAAAUCUUUCUUUUCUUUUUUUUUUUUUUCUUUUUUCUUUUUUUUUUUUUUUUUUGCAGUGUAACUAUUUCCAAUGGUGCAAAUUGACAAAGAGGAAGAAAUAUAUAUUUGAAUUAUUAGUGCUUGACUUCCAGCACAAAAGCUAUUAUUUAGGAACCAUUUGAACCAAAGGUUCAACAUGCAAACGGACAUCAGAAGUGAAGAUACAAUGAUUAAGGAGUGCCGUGUAUAUUUCAACAUGCACUCUUGUCAGAAUAUUCAAUUUACAUAAACGGAUGUCACCCCUUCUGAUUCGACUUAAAGGUGCACUCACUCAUUUUUCCAUCAUUUAAAAGUUUUACGCUGAUUGUAUCGUGGGGGCCGCCAUGAUGAGAUCACAUGACCAGCCAAAUUAUCUACAUAAACUCAAUCUUAUUGACACUUUCAUUUCCAGAAUAAAUUUAUAAAGUCUAACUUAAACUAAAAUAUAAAUGAGUGCACCUUUAAAUGCAUAUGAGGAAAACUAGGUGUUGUUUGCUCAUUUUAACGCUAUACACGAAGCAAAUGAGUGUUUGCACGCGUCAUGCAAUGUGAACUUCGGUAGCCGCACAGCGAAGGCAUUGCUAAAACGACCGGUUGACGCUUGUUCCUGUUAAAUACGAACCCUGUUGCACCAUGCCCACUGACAUUUGGGCAGACGGUUUCAUUGAAGUGCUAACUUAGAUAUACAAACUAUGAUUUUGUGAAUCAGAUGUACUUAGAUCCUUAUGAAAUUGCCCACGUUUUCUGUGGGAAUUUUUCUUUGUUUUGUUUUUUUGGGAUGGGGUGGGAGGGGGGGGUACUCAAAAAGGAGUUGUCCACUAGUGUGAGUUGCGUUAAUACCUGCGCGGAGCAUCCUCUACAACGUCAAAAAACAACUCUGGUGCCUUAUAUUCUCCACACGUUUACAUGCUUUACGUGUCCGAUCAUUUUCUUUCUGAUCGCUGUUUGUCUUUCUUUGUCGUUCGGGGUCACAACGGCAUUGUUGCUGUACCACUCGUGGUGCUUCUUCGAUGACUUCUUCGACAAGCCAAUCAAAGGAAGAGGCGCACGGGGCUCUCGGCCCUCCACGUUGCCGGGAAAAGAACGAUGAUGUCAUAAUCAAACAGCGCUGACGUAAACAUGGACGUGCUACGUUCACGUCGUAUCGUAAUUACUUGGAUUUUCAUGGCAAAACUCGUGUGCGGUUUUGUCGUUGAUGGCAAAAUUUCCAAAUGAUGAAAAGCGUAUAAUUGCAGUAAUUCCGACACGAUGUGAAUACAGCAGUAGUCACCUAAAGGCGGUGGAGGUCUGCUCCUUGUGCUCCGUAUAAAAAAAAUUCAAUUCAUUUAAAAAAAUAACACAGUUAAAAAAAGAAAAAGCUGCGUGUAAAAAACAAAAAAAACAAAAAAAACAAAAACAGCGUAAUAAAGUUGUACAAAUGUUUCUCGCUACAGCCCAGCGUUAUGCUAAUGUAGGCCUAUAUUAGUAGACUUACGGCCGAGGCAGUAGCCUGUAUGAUUUUUUUUGUAUGGUGCUAAUAUCCCCGUUCGUGGGAUUUUUUUCUGCCGGUCUUACUUAUCAGUUGCUGAAUUCGUUUGUUGUCAACCUCGUCACAUCGCACCUUGAGAUUUUACUUUUCUCACUAAAGUUACAGUGCUAACAUUUCAGUAUCGUGUGCAAUAUAUUGUAGGCUGUGUGCCAAUGGCGAUGUUGUGCAAAAUUCAGUCCCCCUGCAGGAUCAGGUCCCCCUUUGGGCCCCCAAAGCGAAACUAUUGGCUAAACGACAUUAUAAUGGAUACUCUUUUCAACGCCUGAUUAGAAAUCCUAAAAAUCACUUUAUGAUGUUGAGCUAACUAUUUAAAUGUCUUUCAAAUUUUCACAUAUCAUAUUAUGUAACCGAAGCUAUAAAUGGUUAAGUUGAACAUUUGUUGUACUCUUUGUGAAGCUAGUCUUCUAAUCCAAUUGAUUACAAUGUUAACUUCCAGAAAUACUAUUUUUAGUAUCUAGAUGAUAAUGUGAUGUUUUUGAACAGGCAUUACAGAUGGCUACCUCUUGGGGUCCCGGGGGGUAAGAUUUUGCAAGGUGAUUGAAUCUUGCUCGACAUCGGCAUUCUGUGUGUGUGGAUACUCGUCCCCUUAAAUUACAAAAAAUAAAAAUAAAAUUACGCAUGAGGCUCGCUCUAACUGAAACAUUUCUCUGCGUAUUAAACGUACCUUUUUGACUGCCCAAGUCAAAGUUGAGGGGUUUGUUCUAGCAACCUAACUGGUCACCGCAAACAGGGACCGUCUGAAAGCACCCGCGCAUACGGCGGCAAAUCUGCUCCCCUUCGGUGUGACCUCAAAAUAUCGACGUAGUCACUUCUUGGUGGUUGGAGUAGUUUAAUACUCAUUUUCUAAUAUAUGUAUUCUUGUUUGAUUUUUUGAUUUUAGCCAAUGUUAAAUGCACAAUGCUUCAGUCAGAGAUAUUCAUAACUAUUUAUUUUAUAAAAUAUCUGAAGAAUGUUGUUUAGGAUAAAGACCUUUUUUCUCAAACCCUCUUGAUGUAAGCCAGCUCACUAGUAUUGCUGAGACAUGCGGUGAAAAGCCUGUUGCUGUCAGACCCAGACAUCACAAAUACUCGGAUAUGUGGGGUUUUGUAAAAACAAGACCUUUGUAUCUAGUAAAGCCACCAGCCUACAGACAGUUUGGGGGUUUCCAGCCACAGACCCCCAUGCUAAAGACCCGUUUCGUGCUAAGCACACGAGGAAGUCUAUGGGGGGGAUCAAGGCUGACAUUAUUCCUGUGGAGCGUUUAGUCUCUUGUUUACCACUGCACAAUAUUAAAGCAUACAUAGGCACUUUGUCUCGCUCGAUAUGCCCUUGCAUCUCUUCAAGACUCUUCUGAAUCUGAAACGCCAUGCUUCGCUUGUAGGGGCUAUUUUAAGUCCAUUUGUACACUGUAAUAUUUCUUUUCCUCUGAGACCGGUAAGCAAAUCUUUUUUCCUAUCACUGCCCUGAUCCGAUUGCGAAAACUGUUCAAUGUGUGCCACAGUACGAAAUCUGAAGGAAUCGAAACUGGAAGUAACACUGAAGGGUGUUUCCUAGAGCAAAACAAUGCAAAUCUGCAAAAACACGCCGCUUUUGCUCUCAGAUGAAGCCCUCGAUGGAACGAGCACAUGUUUUAAGUCAAACGUGAAGGUGCUAUUGGGUACUAAAUGGCUCAAUCCUGUCCAGGUGGCAGCAUUCAGCCAAGAAUUUCUUGUAACGUUCAUCUAAUAGUGUUUGAGCUCUCCACCAGCAAAGACCAGUAUUGGUUUGAUGCACAACAGGCUGUGGGGACAAAAAAAUAAGAUGGUACUCUGACUCUAUUUUAGUCUAUUCUCCAAUUAGUGGUGCCGAUUCUAACGUCACCUGACCUUAAUGAGUGGAGCGUGUAUUUGUGAACUAACGGAGCUGCACAGACAGUUUAAAGCCCUUGCGUAUCUGCAUUUUCCAAUAUACGAAGAGCGAAUCGCGACCUUUUAACUUGAGCUACGUGUUAAUCUCAUGAAAUGUGUGUGUGUGUGUGUGCGCGUGCGUGUGUGAUUAUACGGAUCCCCUUCCCUGUUAAACCACGGCCAGUCACGAACUUGGGUUAGUUCUCAUACUUCACAAUCCUUCGGUCUCACAAGCUCAAGGCUUCGACCUGCUUAGCAUGUAACUGUGAGCGUUUUGCGUAUUAAGCAGACUGUCUGGGAGGGGUCCUGCAUCGAGGGUCAAUGCACAAGGAGGGUAUUCACAUAUCCCACCAACCAUUUCCUUUUUAUUCCCUAUCAAAUGUGUUGUACUUAAAAAUAUAUAUAUGACCUGUGAUGUGUGUGUAUAUAUGGUUUGUUACAUAUGAUGCGCCUCUUUAUUAAAAAAAGAUAGCAUAUAUAUAAAUAUAUAUAUAUAUAUAUAAAUAUGCACAAGAUUCCUAUAUAUGUAUUCCUAUAUGCACAGGAAAUAUAUAUAGGAAAAAGCAUAUUGCCGUUUUUUUUUCCUUUGUAUUUUAUACUUACAGAAAGCAUUGAAUCAAAUGGAUAAAAUACUUGCACUUUAAAUAUAUAAAGAAAAUAAAAAAUCAGCAUAUUAUUUUUGAUAGGUGACCUCACAUUCAAAGAUUCUAUAAUUACUUUCCAGGCUUUGUGACAAUUGCUGUUUGGCAGAAAUCUAUGAAGUUCUUCUACAUAUUGAAGUCUAUUUUGUCUGUGUUACAGAAGGUUUACUAAAGUAAAUUGCAUGAUGACUAAGUAGUGCACCAACUGUUAUUUUCUUUAGUUGGUUAAAAUGUCUAAUGAAAAAAUACUGUGAUGAUUAUUCUCAUGUGUGUACCCAUGUUAAACUUAAGUCAUACAUUCAAAGGUAUUUUGUUCUGCCUUUCCUAUAACAUGAAUAUGGUGCUUAAAUUGGCUUAGAAAUCCACCGUGUUCUACUCUUCAUCAUUGCCACAACCAUCCUCCUCUGCAUCCUCUGUUUGUUCCCUUUGCUGUUUGCGUGUUCUCACAAUUUUAUUCAGAUUUACGUUUCUUGGUAACAAGUGUGUUUUUGUACAGGUACGUAUGUUGUUCUUGAGUUGGAAAGCCUUUGUGUCUGAAAAUGACUAAUUGCAAUAAAUCAUCCAUUCCUCCCUGGCA